AUGUGGAACGCAGUGUUUAAAACUGUGGCAGAAGCUGUUAUAAGCUUAAAUCAACGGCAAUCAAGUCCAAGAACUGAAAAUCCUGGAAAUGUUAACAUACAAGGACACAUUAAUCAUAUGCCAGUUGAUGUGUCCAUAAAUCGGGGUGCAGGAAACUCGAGUGCCAAUCCAAACUAUAGACCACCACCACAGAACUCAUUUGGCCCUUCUACCGAUCAUUUUAAUAACAAUGGAAAUACAGGGUAUACUGGGCCUGUUCCAUCAAAAACUCAAAAAAACUCUUCAUAUAAUCGAGCCAGUAAUAAUUCUAAUAAUUCCUCAACAAAACAAAAUGAUAAGAAGUUUGUCGUAGUAGAUAAACCUAAAACUAAUAAGCCAAAAAACAAUGAUAAUACAUUUUGCAUGGUGAAAAUGCCUAGCAAUGGCAAUUUCAAGAUCCACAUUGAAAAAACUGGACCUACUGAUUCCAGAAGAAUGAAUUCAAAUUCUGCUAACAAGAAUUCCAACAAUGGCAAUAAUGAUAAUAAGCAGAAAAAUAGAAACAAAAAAUUUAGAAAACAGCAAACCAGUAGUUCUAAUAAUCGUCAAAACACUUGGAUGUAUGUUGGCAAACUUAAAAUAGGUACAACCGAAUCCGACUUGAGCUCUUACUUGAAAGUAAAAUUUCCAAAAAACCAAUUCACAGUACAGUCUUUGCCUUUGUACAAAGACGGAAAGUUGCCUUGUUUUAAGGUGCUCGUUGACAACUCCAUAUUGAAUGAAUUUGAGCUACUCGGUAAUUGGCCUAAUGGCGUAACUAUCAAAAAAUACCAAAAUAAUUUUAAAGCCUAA